AUGCUCGAUUGCAACGAAGAUUUUGAUAAGUGGAUAUUUACGGAUGAAUCUACUGUGCAAGUUGAUUCCGUUGUCAAGUACUGCUACGUCAAGAAGGGGGAUUAUUUCUCGCGAUUGAAAUCCAGGGCGAAACACCCUGCAAAGCUCCACCUUUGGGGCGGAAUCUCUAUGAGAGGUGCCACUGAAUUGGCGAUCUUCCCUGGUGAGAUCAGGCUCGAUGGCGAGAAGUACUGCAAGAUCCUGGAACGAUGUCUUCUCCGCUUUAACAACGAUGCGUACCAUGGCUAUGGGAAGUUGGUGCAGGACAACGCGCCUUCGCAUAAGAGCUCAUAUACCCUGGAGAAGCUGAAGUCGUGGAAAGUCGAUGUUGUCGAGUGGCCUCCAGAGUCACCCGAUCUCAAUCCCAUUGAACUUAUCUGGGGUUCAAUGAAAGGUCAUAUCAGGAAUCCCGCGGAGAAUGGAGAAAGUGAUUGCUUAGGGUGGUCGCAAUGUCAAGGAAUAGCUGUUCCUAUACUUCUAGCUACUUAUAUCAGAUUAUCUCAAAUUUACUCGUCUCAAGUUUAUUCACUUAGCCAUUUUGCAUCGAAUGAAUGUAUUAUCUCGCCGUUUCGCUCAAGUCCAUGUCGAAAUUGUCGAUAUCAUCAUCGAUCACUUAUGGAUUUAAAAACAGCGCUCGUAGAGCUAAAGGCCUUCUCAUACUGCGUUUUACAAAGAUGGUUGUCACUUUGGGGUGGUAAAGAGAUCGUUCAGACCACAGUGUCUUUCAAUAGUCGAAAUGACGUCGUCUUGAGUGAUGCGGUGCCGCGUUCCCCGUUGUGUCCUCCCAUUUCAACGCUCCCACGCCUUCUGCACCUCAAUUCUUUCUGUCUCAUCAUGCAGUCACUUGUCUGUCCCAGCGUCAUCCAUCGUUAGCAGGAUAAGAGGUUACAUGUACAUAAAUGAAACCUUGUAAUUCUUUGUCAUGAUGUAAGGUGUUUUGAAUGAGCUUUUUUCAUGAAUCCUCAGCGUCAUUUGGACUUUGUUAACUUCUCAGUUACUAAACAGAGG